AGGAAGAGGGCGCCAUGAUUGGUUGGCGCUGGGGCGGCGGGCGGUGGAGGACCCUGGCUAGUCUGGGUUUCCAGCCGGUGCUGGACUUUCCCCUUCCAUGUUCCGAGGCCGUGGGGGACUGCAGAGGGCGGGGAGUUGGCUCGGCGGAGACCUGGAUUUGGUUCUAAGAGCUUUGGGGUUGAGAGGGGGCGACCGGAAGUGAUCGUGGGACUGACCGGAAGCGAGGCCUGGAGGGGAAAGAGAGAGCGGGCCCCCGGAGGGAGGGGGGCUUCCCGCAGAAGGGGACCGGGGGAAAAGGUGCGAAAGCGGCGUGGGAGCGCCGGGUAGGCAGCGGGUCUCUGCUGCUGGUUGUUUGGAAGGCAGCGAGUGACCACCACGAGCUCAAGGGGAGAGCCCAAGGAUUGAGAGUACGGGAGUGCAGGGCUGCCUCAGGGGAAUCUGGAAUAGUUAAGCAAAGGGGCCCACGCGCGGCUCCAGAGAGCUGGGUGGGAGGGAUUUUGGAAGUCGAGGCAGGAGCUAGGAGCCGAGGGUACGGCAAAUUAGUUGUGCGGGCAGUGCGGUUCAGGCUGGGGUUGGCCAGUGGGAACUGCGUGGGAGAUCUUGGUUUGGAGUUUUCGACAGUCUUGGCCCCAUUGGGUAGAAUCACACUACUUGCCUUUGUACAAGAAACGGUGUCUCCUGGGGCAAGGAAGGAGCCAGCAUGGCCUGGGCUCUGAAGCUACCUCUGGCCGAUGAAGUGAUUGAAUCUGGGCUGGUGCAGGACUUUGAUGCUAGUCUGUCCGGGAUCGGCCAGGAACUGGGUGCUGGUGCCUAUAGCAUGAGAUGCUUUCUGCUGUUUCCACUCUUGGUGUGAAUUUCCACUUAGCAAUGCACAUUUUUAACGCAUACUCAACUUAUCUUUUUAUCAGUGAUGUCCUUGCAUUGCCCAUUUUUAAGCAAGAAGAGUCGAGUUUGCCCCCUGAUAAUGAGAAUAAAAUCCUGCCUUUUCAAUAUGUGCUCUGUGCUGCCACGUCUCCAGCAGUGAAACUCCAUGAUGAAACUCUGACGUAUCUCAAUCAAGGACAGUCUUAUGAAAUUCGUAUGCUAGACAAUAGGAAACUUGGAGAACUUCCAGAAAUUAAUGGCAAGUUGGUGAAGAGUAUAUUCCGUGUAGUGUUCCAUGACCGACGGCUACAGUAUACUGAACAUCAGCAGCUGGAGGGCUGGAGGUGGAACCGACCUGGAGAUAGAAUUCUUGACAUUGAUAUCCCAAUGUCUGUUGGUAUAAUCGAUCCUAGAGCUAAUCCAACCCAACUGAAUACAGUGGAGUUCCUGUGGGACCCGGCAAAGAGGACAUCUGUGUUUAUUCAGGUACACUGCAUUAGCACAGAGUUCACUAUGAGGAAGCAUGGAGGAGAAAAGGGAGUGCCGUUCCGAGUACAAAUUGAUACCUUCAAGGAAAAUGAAAAUGGGGAAUAUACUGAGCACUUACACUCAGCCAGCUGCCAGAUCAAAGUCUUCAAGCCCAAAGGUGCAGACAGAAAGCAAAAAACGGAUCGGGAGAAAAUGGAGAAACGAACACCUCACGAAAAGGAGAAAUACCAGCCUUCCUAUGAGACAACUAUACUCACAGAGUGUUCUCCAUGGCCUGAGAUCACAUAUGUCAAUAAUUCCCCAUCACCUGGCUUCAACAGUUCCCAUAGCAGUUUUUCUCUUGGGGAAGGAAAUGGUUCACCAAACCACCAGCCAGAGCCACCCCCUCCAGUGACAGAUGUAAGUCUAAAGUUAAAUAACCUCUUGCCAACAACCACACCUCAGGAAGCUCAGCAGUGGUUGCAUCGAAAUCGUUUUUCUACGUUCACAAGGCUUUUUACAAACUUCUCAGGGGCAGAUUUAUUGAAACUAACUAGAGAUGAUGUGAUCCAAAUCUGUGGCCCUGCUGAUGGAAUCCGACUUUUUAAUGCAUUAAAAGGCCGGAUGGUGCGGCCAAGGCUAACCAUUUAUGUUUGUCAGGAGUCCUUGCACUUGAGGGAGCAGCAGCAGCAGCAGCAGAAGCGUGAGGAUGGAGACUCAAAUGGUACUUUCUUCGUGUACCACGCCAUCUAUCUAGAAGAACUGACAGCUGUUGAACUGACAGAAAAAAUUGCUCAGCUCUUCAGCAUUUCCCCUCGCCAGAUCAGCCAGAUCUACAAGCAGGGGCCAACAGGAAUCCAUGUGCUCAUUAGCGAUGAGAUGAUACAGAACUUUCAAGAAGAAGCCUGUUUUAUUCUGGACACAAUGAAAGCAGAAACCAAUGAUAGCUAUCAUAUCAUACUGAAGUAGGUGCCGGGCAUUCCGUCCUCAGUGGCCGCUGCCUCCUUCACCCCUUGGAAGCUUCCCUCUCAAAGGGAGUCACUCGCUAAUGGAGAUUGGAAGGUCUGCAGGAACCUGACCCAUCUGACUGUGUGUGGGGGAGUCCAGGCCAUGGAGGCAGAAUCCCAGCCAUCUGUUGGCCCAAGCUCUUGUGGCACACACAGAUUAUUGCCCAACAUGCAUUUCUGCAGCUGUGGUUUCUUAGUUAAAAUUUAUGGACCCUGUUGUCGUUGAAUAUCUUUAGAAACUCCACACCAUUUAGGGUGUUUGUAGGGCAUAAUGGUGAUGAGAAUUGUGUGAUGUUUCAUGGAAAGAUGUUAAAGUUUGUGAUAUGGAGCCAUGUGAUUUUUUUCUAAUAUAAAAAUGAACAUCUAUAUUCCUAA